AUGCCCCGAAGCGCCUCCAAGAGCAAGCGCGAGCUCAACGGCGACGUCGCCGUCCCUGAGGACCGCCCGCAGAAAAAAGCCAGGCUGCUCGACCACACCGACGACGAAGACUCGGCCGCAGACGCAGACGCAGACGCAGACGCAGACGCAGGCGGUGCAGGCUUUCAAGUCAACGAGGAAUAUGCGCGCCGCUUCGAGCACAACAAGAAGCGCGCCGAGCAGCAUAGACUCGAGGAGAAAUACGGCAAAGCCCGCGCUUUCCAGAACGAAGACGAGGACACGGAAGACUCCGAAGAGGGCGUUGAAGAAGACGAUGCCGCCAACCUGCUCGACGAAGCGCUCGACGACGAGGUCAUGGCCACGCUGAAGGCCCUCCGCUCCAAAGACCCCCGCAUCUACGACAAGGACGCCAAGUUCUACACCGACCUGGCAGACGAUGAAGACGGCAACAGCAAUAGCAACGACACCGGCAAGAAGGAAGCCUCCAUGACGCUCCGCCAGUUCCACACCAAGAACCUGCUCGAGGGCAACGUGCCCGGCGACGACGACAACGACGACGACGACGACGCCCCGCCCAGGACCUACGCGCAGGAGCAGGAGGACGUCCGCAGGAGCCUCGUCAAGGAGCUGCACGCUGCCGCCGACGCCGAAGACGACGACUUCCUCGUCGCCAAGCCCAAGCCCGCGACUUCCAAAAAAGACCGCGUCAAGAUCACCCAGGACGACGUCAUCAAGGCCGACCACGACCCGGAGCUCUUCCUGUCCAACUACAUGGAGUCGCGCGCAUGGGUCCCCGCCGACAAGACGCAGUUCCAGCCCCUCGAGUCCGACGACGACGAAGCCGACGCCGCCGCCGACGACUUCGAGCACGCCUACAACACCUACUUCGAAGACACCACCGGCACCAACGAGAAGCUCACCACCUACGCCCGCGACGCCGUCGCCGCCACCACCGUCCGCCGCGACGAGGGCAACACCAGGAAAAAGGCCCGCGACGCCGCCCGAGCCAAGCGCGAGGCCGAGCGGAAAGAGCGCGAGGCCGACCUGGCACGGCUGAAGAAGCUCAAGGUCGACGAGAUGGAGGCCAAGGUCAACCAGAUCCGCAAAAUCGGCGGCCUGAGCGGGCGCGACUUCAACAUGGACGAGUGGAAGGACGUGCUCGAGGCAGACUGGUCAGACGACCAGUGGGACAGGGAGAUGUCAAAGCGCUUCGGCGAGUCGUACUACAACGAGGCCGACGCCGCCUUCGACAGCGACGAGGGGACGAGCAAGAAGGGAAAGCAGCCCAAGAAGCCCAAGAAGCCCAAGAAGCCCAAGUUCGACGACGACAUCGACAUCAAGGACCUGGUCCCCGACUUUGUCGACGACAAGGAAGAAGCCCGCCCCACACUCUCCUCGGACGACGACGACGACGAUGAUGAUGCCAUGGACGUGGACGCCGAGACACAAGACCCAGCCGCCUCCACAUCCACAAAGAAGCGCAAGCAAGACCGUGCAGACGCCAAAGCCUCCGCGCGCCGCGACCGCCGGCUGAUUGAGAACCUCGUCGCCGAGAACCUCAAAUACGAAUCCGCCCUCGCCGCAAAGCCCUCCAAGACACCCGCGCGCUUCCGCUACCGCGAGACCAGCCCCACCACCUUCGGCCUCACAGCCCGCGACAUCCUGCUCGCCGACGACAAGCAACUCAACGAGUUCGCGGGCCUGAAGAAACUCGCCGCCUUCCGCGACCCCGUCAAGAAGAAAAAGGACAAGAAGCACCUCAGCAAGAAAGCCCGGCUGCGCGACUGGCGCAAGGAGACGUUUGGCGACCCCGAGGGCCCCAAGGGUGGGUUCGAGACGCUGCUCGGGCCCGAGGAGGCGCAGCAGCCUGCCCGCGAACAGCCCGGGAAGAAGAGGGUGCACGAGAGCGAGGGCGGCAUCAUCCAAGGCGAGAAGAAGAAGCGCAGGCGCAAGAAGAAGAGCGCCGAGGAGGAACUGUAA